AUGGCCAUUUGUAAAUUUUUUGCUUCAGGCAGUUGUCGAAACGGCAAUAGAUGCACAUAUGAGCACAUUUCACCACAAAACAAAUGGGGCAGCAACACACAGACAGCGGCAGCUGGCACGAGCAAAUACAACGAAACUUCAUUAAAGCAAAAUCUGACGGAAGAGCGUCCUCAAUGGAAACUCAGUGUCUAUGGCCCAGCUAAAGAAGAGCCUAACUUGAUUGUAGGAGUGGACAGAAGUGUCGAGGAAGAUCGUCUUGCCUACUAUACCAGUAUGCGUACAACAGGAAACACUAGCCAAUAUCUUGCUAGCUAUGAACAGGCCUUCAACCAGGUCGAGAACCAAGUCAAUGCCAUCAUCAAUAAUCCAUCCGGUGCUAUUCAACAUUACGAAAAGGAGAAAUCAAACCAUUCGGGUCCAUUCGGUGGCGCUGCCAACAAUGCGCCUUUUGCUCCAUUCACAAAUACAGGCGGUGCAUUUGGAUCAAGUUCAACUACAAGCACAUUUGGUGGAGGCAGUAGCAGUGCUUUUGGAAGCGGAGGCGGUGUAUCAGCAUUUGGACAGCCUUCUGCAUUUGGCGCAGCAGCCGCAAAACCCUCAGCAUUUGGUGAUGGAUCUGCAUUUGGUUCAACAAGCGCGUUAGGAAGUGGUGGAUCCGCCUUUGGCUCAACAAGUGCAUUAGGAAGCAGCGGGUCAGCUUUUGGAUCAACCAGUGCAUUGGGAGGAGGGUCAGCUUUUGGCUCGACCAGUGCCUUGGGUGGAGGCACCUUGGCCUUUGGACAACCUUCUGCUUUUGGAGCAGCCGCCGCAAAGCCCUCAGCAUUUGGCGGUGGAUCAGCUUUUGGAUCAACAAGCGCAUUAGGAAGCGGCUCAGCUUUUGGAUCUGCAAGUGCUUUAGGUAGUGGCACGUCAGUUUUUGGAGCUUCCUCUUCGACGCCUGCCUUUGGAUCAACGACAGCACCCACGUCUGCAUUUGGUUCAACAAGUGCUUUAGGAGGUGGAGCAUUUGGACAAACAUCUGCCCUUGCAAGUACAAGCAACACAACUAUGGGAGCCUUUGGCAUACCAGCAUCGACUACAACAAAUGCAUUUGGUUCAGCAGCAGCACCAGCUAGCAAUAUUCCCAGCUCAAUGAACACAGGGGCCGAUAUGUCAUCCAAUGCAAAGCAAAGUGAUUUAGAGGCAUUUCAAGCACCUCAGUUUGCCUAUCGCGGUAUACCUGAAAUCGAGCCACCUACUCAGCUUGGCUAA